GCUCUAAAUGCUCACUGCUCUCAGUGAUCUGUUGCUCAGGUCUUGCUCUGCAUUAGAAGGGAAACUAAUCGAGCAGGAUCAGUGUGCUGUUUAGCGGCCGGCUCUCACGCAGACAUGUUCAGAAACCAGUACGAUAAUGAUGUGACGGUGUGGAGUCCUCAGGGGCGAAUCCACCAGAUUGAGUAUGCCAUGGAGGCGGUGAAGCAGGGCUCAGCUACUGUGGGGCUCAAAUCACGCACUCAUGCAGUCCUGGUGGCCUUAAAGAGGGCUCAGUCUGAACUCGCUGCCCAUCAGAAGAAGAUCCUCUAUGUUGAUAAUCACAUUGGUAUUUCUAUCGCUGGACUAACUGCAGAUGCUCGACUGCUCUGUAACUUCAUGCGUCAGGAGUGUCUGGAUUCUAGGUUUGUGUUUGAUCGUCCACUUCCUGCGUCUCGUCUCGUCUCGCUCAUAGGAAGCAAAACUCAGAUCCCCACUCAGCGUUACGGAAGGAGACCCUACGGAGUUGGCCUUCUGAUUGCAGGCUAUGAUGACAUUGGACCUCACAUCUUUCAGACUUGUCCGUCUGCUAAUUACUUUGACUGUAAGGCCAUGUCCAUCGGCGCACGCUCACAGUCUGCACGCACGUACCUGGAGAGACACAUGGAGCGCUUCUCUGACUGUAACUUGAAUGAGUUGGUGCAGCAUGGCCUGUGUGCUCUCAGAGAGACUCUACCUGCUGAACAAGACCUCACUACCAAGAACGUGUCCAUUGGAAUUGUGGGUAAAGAUCUGGAGUUUACCAUCUACGAUGAUGAUGAUGUGGCUCCGUUUCUCGAGGGAUUAGAGGAGAGACCACAGAGGAAGGUAAGAACUUUAACUCUCCUCUUUAUCUUCAUCAGAUGAUUGUGUGUGUGUGUGUGUGUGUGUGUGUGUGUGUGUGUGUGUGUGUGUGUGUUUGUGUGUGUGUGUGUACUUUGAGAAGCUCUGUGUCCCUGUGUGUUAGUGUUACAGGAUCAGACUUUAGUGACUUGUCAGUUUAAGGCAGUGUGACGUGUGUUAAGUUACUUUAUAAAAUGGUUGAUGACUGAAAUGUGUGUCGAGCUGCAGGAGUUCAGACUGGAGUCGUUCUGUACUGAAGGACAGAGAGGAGUUACGCUCUUUAAAUAAAUAACUAAACUAACUUCCUCUUCACGUGUACAGUGACGUCUCCCAGGGACAUGUGGUGUUCACAACAUCACGCAGGAGACCGAUGUUACAUCAGUGACCUGAAUAAUGUCAGGACUGUGCACUUGGGUUCAAACAUGACCGAUCUCUAACUCACUGAGUCACAGGUAGCUGUUCAGGGAACCGUGAUGAAGUGGGAGGAGCUUCAAGCCUAAUUAAGCUUUGGGUUUAUUUCAUACGUUUAUAUUGUGACCAUGAUCUGGGAUUGGGGGGUUUUUACUGGUCCACACUUUUAAGAGGGAAAAAUUAUCAUAUGGUUCUGUGUGUGUGUGUGUGUGUGUGUGCGUGCGUGUGUUUCAGGGUUACUUUAAGGUGCUGGGUAAGGGUAAACUGCCCAAACAGCCCGUCAUCGUCAAGGCCAAAUUCUUCAGU